AUGAUAAUCAUAGCUAUUCCUAUCUGCAUUUUCGGAUUACUUGGGAAUAUACUAAUCAUUGCAUUUGUUUCCUGGAAGAUCAAGAAGACUAGGUUCACGGUGUAUAUCCAGAAUGUGGCUGCUGCUGAUUUAAUUGUUCUGCUUUAUCAAUAUACUUACUUUAUGUUAUUUUUAAAACCAAGCCCCCUCAGUGCACCUGCUUCACAUUUUUUAGAGUUGAUGUAUGUUCUUGGAUACAACACCAGUUUCUAUAUUUUAGCAGCUACCUGUAUUGAAAGGUUUUUGUUAGUCUAUUUCCCCAUUUGGUAUCAACAUCACCAGCUGAAGAAUUUCUUGGCUUUUUGUAUCAUGUUGUGGGUCUUCUCUGGCCUGGUAUCACUUGUGGAAUAUUCUGCGUGCAACCCAAGAUUCUAUGCUUACCUGAAAGAAGAUACUUUCUAUUGCCAUGCCACAAUUAUACUCCAAAUGAUCACCGAGUACCUGAUUCUUAUUCCCAUCGUGGUCUUUUGCAAUUUGGCCGUUGUUUGCAGAAAUCAGAAAAAAGGACAGCAAGUGCGCCCAGCGAUGCUUGACAUCACCAUCACAGCUGCACUUUUCCAGUUUCUGAUAUUUGAUGCCUCCAUUAGACUUGUCCGCAAGAUAGAACAUUGGUUUGAUUCAAUAGAUGUACCCAUCUUUACAACUUCUGUGUUACUUGAUUCCAUAACCAGCAGUAUCAAUCCUUAUUUAUAUUUCCUCAUUGGAGCUUGCCAUAGGAAAUCCUGUGACCCCCUCGAGUUUUUACUCAAGAGCGCUUUGGAGGAUGAAAGAAACAUGGUAGGGGGGACACAAGCAGACCAAGCGCAAGCACAAAUAUAUUCUGAACCUCAGGAGCCCCCAAAUCAUUCUUAA